AUGCAUUUCUCCAAGUCGAUACUUCUGGCGCCUGUCGCCAUUGCCUCUGCGCAAAUCGGAUCUAUCGUUUCGGGUAUCACCUCUGUCGGUGGUGAUAUCACAAGCGGCGCAGCUUCAGUUUUCACAGAUGUGACAAGUGGAGGAGCCUCUGUGGCGACCGUCAUCACAUCGGGUGCUGGCUCAGUAGCGACAGAUAUGACGUCGGGUGCAGCAUCAGUCUAUACCGUCAUAACAAGCGAAGGAGGCAUGUACAUCGUCAUCCUUCUCGUACGUCCAUAUGUGCUUACAAAUAUUCCAGGCUCGCUUGCCACGGUCGUCACAUCAGGAGCCGCGGGAGCGUUCUCGACCGUCACGAACGGCGCCGGAUCAGUAUACACGGUGGCCACUGGAGCUGGUGGCAGUAUCGCGUCCACCAUUACAAGUGGAGCUGGAGGCGUCGCCUCCACAGUAACCAGUGGUGCUGGAGGCGCUGCAAGCACAGUGCAAUCAGGGGUAACCAGCAUGGCGUCAGCGGCAUCAUCUGGUGCAAGUUCAGUGGCAUCUGCUGCCUCAGGUGCUGGCGCGGCACACACAGGGGCUCCAAUUGUUGCUGGAGGACUUCUUGGUGCCGGACUUGCCGUGGUGGCGCUCUUGUAG